UAUUCAAUCAGUGGAAGUUAUGAAACAGAAAGGUGUGUCACGUCUAAAUGACAGCGUUUAUCUUCAGAUCCUAAGAAGUCGUGUACCUGUAGGCAUUUGUGUUUUCGAAGAAAGAAGAAACCGAGGAUGUCACUUUACAGAAACGCUGUGUGGUUGGUAAAAGGACUUCAAGAAUACACGAAAGCGGGAUAUGAAGCUGCAGCGAAGCGUUUUGUCGCUGCAGAUCUGGAUGUGAAUCUGAGCGGCAGGUCCUUCAUGAUUACGGGAGCUAACAGCGGCAUCGGGAAAGCUGCAGCAUUGGAAAUAGCAAAACGUGGUGGGACAGUGCAUCUAGUCUGCCGAAACAAGGACAGGGCCGAGGCAGCCAAGGCGGACAUUGUGGAGCAGAGUAAAAAUGAGGAUGUCCACAUUCACCUGCUGGACAUGUCGAGUCCCAGGCAUGUGUGGGAGUUUGCAGAGAGCUUCCAGCAGAACAACAGCUUGCACGUGCUGAUCAACAAUGCCGGGUGCAUGGUGAACAAGAGGGAGGUCACAGAAGAUGGCCUGGAGAAGAACUUCGCGACAAACACUCUGGGCACGUACAUUCUGACCACAGCCCUGAUACCAGCUCUGAAGAAAUCACAGGACCCUAGAGUGGUGACAGUGUCCUCCGGUGGCAUGCUGGUGCAGAAGCUGAAUGUGGACGACCUGCAGCUUGAGAAGGGCGCCUUCGAUGGAACCAUGGCCUACGCUCAGAACAAAAGGCAGCAAGUGAUUCUGACAGAGCGGUGGGCUGCCCAGCACAAAGAGAUCCACUUCUCCUCCAUGCACCCAGGCUGGGCUGACACACCAGCGGUGCGGUCCUCCAUGCCGGACUUCUAUGAGAAGAUGAAGAACAAACUCCGGACGGAGGCACAGGGGGCCGACACAGUGCUGUGGCUUGCUGUAUCUGCAGCAGCCAUCCAACAGCCCAGCGGACUCUUCUUCCAGGACCGAAAGGCCGUGGCCACACAUCUUCCACUGGCCUCCACGCGCUCCACCCCUGCGGAUGAAGACCGGCUACAGGAGGCACUGGAGCAGCUGGCCCACAAGUUCAAACCCUGAACCCUGCUGUCAGAGGAUCAGCUGACCAAUCAGUCCAGAUAAACGCCGUGAGAAAUCAACAUCAUGUAUGCAGAGCCUUUCUAUUGAUCAAGUUUGUAUUUUAUAUUAAGCCUGUUUGUAAGUCCAGAAUGCAAUUUGCAUAUUGUAAGUGUUUCGUGAGCAUUAUCGAAACACACUCAUUCCAAAAGCUUUUGCCAAGGAUUCUGGGAUGCUCCCCAGUUUUUACCUCAGUGGAAUGCUUCUCUAAGCCCCCAGAGUGGAGACCAUGUGACAUCUUUAGAGCUCAGUGCAGGUGGUCAUAUGACACUGACAGAGAUUAGUGCAGGGGAUUAUGUGACACUGUCAGGGAUACUGAUCCGGUGACCACUUUUCGAAUGUUUGCAAUUUAUACAGUAUAUUACUUUGGGAAAACGAAACCGUUUCAACACCCUUAGGAAGAACAAAAUGCAAUGGUUUGCAUGUUUUUUUUUUGUGGCACUGAAUUGUCAUUCCCUCACCCAGUGAAGGACAGACUCAGUGACAGAAGUGAAAAGUCAGAUGUACUUUGAUCAGGGUUGGCGUGAAGGAGGAUUCACCCUACUACAUGUGGGUGCAUGACCCAGGAUUUGC